UGUAGCAAACAAAUUAAUAAAUCAAUUAAUUAAUUAUAAAAAUUUACAAAAAUGAGAUACUUAUUCUUAAUAAUCUUAGCUGCUUUAGCCUGCAAUAUUUAAGCAUAAUCAUAUAAUAUUGAGCAAGAAUUAUAAAGUUGCGUAAUUUCAAAUUGCAAUAGUGAUUAUGUAUGCAUUUAGGGUGUCGGUGCAAUAGUAACUUGUGUUGAAGACUAGUGCAAAGGUUCAAAGGAUAUAUCAUGUUAUUAAAACUACAACACAUGCUUAAAAAACUAACCAGUCAAUGUAGGCAAUACAUUUACAACUUGUGUAAACUAAUUUGUUUCUAGUUACUUGAAGUCUGGAUCUCCUUUGAUUUUAGGCACAAUAUUAUUAUCAAUUUUAUAUCUAUUAAUUUGA